AUGGAGCCCUGUCUUGUCGCCGAUUCGUGGAUCUUGGAUCCAUACGAAAAUGCAGGUCAACAUGCAGGUAGCAUUAUCAGCUUCUGGUCGAUGUCCUUUCUGAUGCUCUUGCACUUGGGUGCGGUGGCCAUAAGAAUCAGGAAAGAUGGGAAAACCCGUGCGAUUCCAGUGAUCCUCACGAUAUUUUUUCUCUGCAGCGUAAUCUCCGGUGUUCUACAAGCGGUGGCCCAUAGCUUCAUCACUGGCACUACAAAGACUCACCUUCUGAUGACGGCCCGGUUGUGGCUGGGGUUCGCUGCGGGAACUUGUCUGUUUCUGGGAACCAGCAUGGGGGAAGCCCUGAUGCAUGGCAACCGCGAACUGGCGGCCCCUCGGACUCUCAUGUGGGUCUUCUUCGUGUUCGGGGCCGGUGCCUCCGUUUUUGCCAUGGCACUGGCUUCAGGUGGCGAUGACCUCGUGCAAGCCGCAGUUAUGAGCGCAGCAUUUCUGUGGGCAGACGCCUUUUGGAUCGCCACCUCUCGGAAGAUGCAACGGGAAGGUUCCCUCCAAGAGAAAAGUAUCCUUUUGCCAAAGAUUGGCGGUCCGAUCCUCAUGGCUCUGGGCUUUUGGAUUCUUGCCAUCUUAGAGCCAACUUGUGGGGUGAAAGGCCAUUCAGACUGCUACAAAUCCUGCCCCGUUGGCGGCCCCGGAAUGGGCCCCGGAUUGCCACACGUCUUCUUCCUGGCAAUGUUUGCUUUCGGGACUUUUUGUAUGGUAUAUGCCCAGGAGAAGGUUCCUGACAAAACUUUCCUGGAUUGA